GCGCAGAAAAAUAGGGCGUUGGGGAGACUCCCCCAUUCAUUCGCAGACAAAAGUCUCUCUCCAUAAAGACGGAGGCGGGUGUAAUGUAUCCUUAAAGGACCUGCAAGAAAAAAGGAAAAGGGCGUUUUAACUUGAGCCGAGCAGGAUAGAUCCAAUGUGCGCAUUUAGUCUGUAACCGCAAAUAACUGCAGGGUCAAGAGAAACGGUGAAAUUUAUGUUGGCAAGACAAGUUUAGAAGCACCCCAGGCUUUUGACCUGUUUGAUCGCUCAUGCGCGCAACUCACAGGAGUUUUUUUUUCAAAUUUACUUCCUACUUUCGCGCACGCAGAGGACAACCUACAUUUUUUGCAUCCCAGAGGUUUUACAGUUAGGCUACACAGGAAGACAUGGCCAAGUUAUUCCGAGCUGCUAUCAUGGGUCCUCCAGGAUCAGGGAAAGGAACGAUAUGCAAGAGGAUUGCGCAAAGCUUUGACCUGCAAUAUCUCUCCAGUGGCCACUAUCUCCGAGAGAGCAUAGCGGCAAAUACAGAGGCAGGUGUGCUGGUGAGGAGCUACGUAGAAAGAAGCAUGAUGGUGCCUGACCAUGUGAUGACCAGACUGAUGCUGCCCAGACUGGAACAGCUGAUUGGCCAAAGCUGGCUGCUGGACGGCUUUCCCCGGACUCUGUCCCAGGCACGAGCCCUGAACAGUUUGUGCCAGCUGGACCUGGUCAUCAGCCUGAAUAUCCCCUAUGAGACUCUGAGGGAGAGACUGAGUGACCGCUGGGUGCAUGCAGCCAGUGGCCGAGUCUACAACAUGGGGUUUAACCCGCCACGAGUCAAGGGUAAGGAUGACGUCACUGGUGAGCCCCUUAUUCAGCACGAUGACGACAAACCAAAAGCCCUGCUGAGCAGACUGAGACACUACAAAGAUGUGGCAAAGCCUGUCAUGGACUUAUACAAGUCACAGGGAAUCCUUCACUCUGUUUCCGGUACAGAGACAGACAGGAUUUGGCCUUAUAUCAAUUCCCUCCUCAGUGCAAAGAUGCACAUACAGCCGUCAGGUGCCUUCCAAACCCAGACACCCCCAUGAAUGAAUGGAACACAGGGGUAAACAUCAAGAGGCUGCCUCAAGUAGCGAUGUGAUGUUUCAACAAGCUGGCCUCAGACUUCAGGUUCCUUAAUUUUGAGGUUUAGAGGCAGAUAAGGACUCUGAUCAAAACUGUAGUCAUUCAAUAUGUUUGUGAUUCAAAUUCAUUUUCUCUUAAAUUAAUGGUUUUUUUUUAGCUUUAUUGCUUGGGUUGAUUUUCUGCAUCAUAGUGAAAUGUUCAAAUCCUUCAAGGCAAUAUGCAACAAUACACUUUGAAUUAAAAAUAAUGGGUAGCUGUGGUGACACUAUAGGUUAAGAGAGCAAGAAAACUAAUUCAUAGAUUUAGAAGAGUAGGAUUCCCUUCAUUAAAGCUCACCAUUAUCAAGAUUGUAUCUGCAACAAUAGAGGAGUAGGGUAGAAUAUUGAAAUAUGGACCAACACAUCACAGUCCAACAUUAAAUAUGCUAUAGUGAACACUAAAAAAGGAUUAUGAACAUUUGAAAACUUUAAUGAUUGCAAACAAAUGGAAUAUUACUUAUAAAUAAUCUGUUUCCAUUACAGAUUUGAAUGAUUACACUUUAAACAAACGUUUAAUAUUAAGGCAACCAUGAUGGCAUUGUCGCCUCUUUGAUUAUAGUCAUCAUUUUGGAAAGGAUCCCUUCAACUUAUUUUCCAAAGGCAACUGACUUGUGAGUUUUAGUAUUCAUUUAACUAUAUAGACAUCACAAAAAAAAGGAAAUUAAAUCUCACCUUAGCUUUAAUUGACUCACUGACUCACAUCACAUAUACAUAGUGUUGCAUCAAAAGCCAAAAUCAAUUCUAAACACCCAUUCAAUUAAUCAAUUUUGGCUAAAAAGUUUGAGAGUGUGAAAUAAGCUGUAAUAUAUGCAAUAAUCCUGCAAAACCAUGUUUCAUUGUUUGGCUUGUUCCGCACAGUAUUUUUAGAAUAUACGUGAAACGUGCACUGUAUAAACUGCUUUUCUUUACUUUUGUACUGAAAUGCUGCACAAUAUUAUGCAACCUGCAUCUGAUAACAUGCAGGACAAUCUACUGGGCUGGUGCUGGACUUGUCAAAGAUUCAAGAAGCGCUCAACUUCAUACUCUGUGGCUGGGAUGAAGACCAAUGCACAGAAUAUAGAGCCCCCUUAAUGCUGUUACAUUUCCUUAAACAUUUGGUUGCCUUGAGAUUUUAUUUUUCAAAAUGUCCGACUUAUUGUUUAGACAAAUGUUAUGUUUGCAAUGGCUUGAGAACGUAAAGAUGUUGCUGGGUCAAGCUUAAGGUCACUUUUUGGGAAGUAUCAUGUAUGUAAAGGUUUUACUUCUCAGAUUGUUUGAAUGUAUACAUCACUGUUACAGGGUAAAGAACAUGUAACUGUAGAAUUGUGUCUACCUAAACAGUAGCAUCUGAUGCACCAUAUGAAGUUGACUUAAGCACAGUAGUGACUAACUUGUGCAAUAAAGACCAGCAACUAAGUUGUUAGUUUAUUUUCCAGACAGAAAUUAGCAACUGAAUUCAGUAUAAAGCCACAGUCCCAAAUGUAGUAUGCCGAUACACAUCUUUGUCAUAUUUCUAGAGGCAAAUGUUGCCUUUUUUAAAUGUUUUUUGGUGGCGUCUUUUGUUUUUUAGGGUCUAAAAAUAAUCGGUUUUGUAAGUAGAUUGAAAACAUUUGAUGUGGGAUACCAAAGAUACGUAAAACAAAAAAAAACACUAUACAAAUAUUUAGCUUGAGUUACUGUGGGAAAAUAUGUCUUUGAUAAAGCGGGAUGGCUUAUUAUGCCAGUCUGUGUUUUGGUUUGUACAGUGAGGGGGAAGUGUAAAAAAUGGUUGUGCGACUACACCCCCAGUGCUGUUGUGCAAUAUGGAUUAAGGGCUUUUUUCCUUUCAUAUUUUCAAACCAUGUUGUCCAAACAUGUUACAUUCUUAAAAAACAAUAAAAAUAUUUCCUCAAA